CUGCAGUCUGUUGGUGCCAGUUGGCCUUUGCCUGCCAGCUGGCGGGACACAGCCAAGCUGUCCAGGGCGAUGGCUACGGAGCGAGAGUUCUCAUCCCUGCGCUUUCCACAGAAGCUUUGGAAAAUGCUGGAAAGUGACCAGUUUCAGUCCAUUUGGUGGAGUGAGGGUGGAAAAUGUGUGGCCAUCAACAAAGAUCUCUUUGAAGCGGAGGUGCUGGGCAGGGAAGGACAACAGGUCUUCCACACACAGAAAAUUAAAAGUUUCAUGCGACAGCUGAACGCGUAUGGAUUCACCAAAAUGCAGCGGGAUAUCCAAAGAUCUGCCUCCCUGCCCGAAUUCCUAUCAGAGGAAGCAGCAGCUUCUGCUCACAGCCAGAUCCUCUACUACUAUAACCCCAGCUUCAACACAGCACAUCCCCGGCUGCUGGAAACGUGCAAGAGGAGAGGUGUCCUUAAAGGAAGGGGCCCAGACCCAGAAGAGAUGGAUGAACGACCCCUUUAGAAGCCCAGAUGGUCAACCCAAGCUUCAUGGAGAAGCAGAUCUGGGCUUUACACAGGCACCUGCUGGAGAGCAGUCAGCAGCCAGUCCAUAGCGUCUAAUUACUAGCGCUGUUCUUAGAUAGAGCUGAAUAGAGUUGGGAGAAAUAGAUUUGAGUUGGUAUUAAA